GAUGUCUUUAAACUGGAGGUUUACCGAAGUUUUAGCAAAGUUAUAGAAUGAGGUUGCAGUUGGUUGUUUUCGUCACACUUUAUUCUUUAAGAUAAAGACAUUGGAUUUUAAGCAGUUCGACGUUGUAAUCUUGUGAGAAAUUACAGAAAAGAACAAGAGAAGUCACCAUUGUUCGAGCUGGAUCGUCUAACGCUUUCCAGAUUUCCUGUCCCUGUGUGGAAGAAUUACCGAGAGGCAGUGACGCAAAACACACAAUAUACGAAAGCAGCUGUGUGGACUCACUCUCAGGACUCUUCGGCUCUAGCACUCAUGAUUUUACCUCUCCAAGUUUAAACUCAGCAGAGCGAUAGUUGCAGAUUUUGUCAGAGUUAGUGACUUUUUCCUCCCCAAUUCUUUUUGACCUCGACUUGUUUUUUUUUUGUUUGUUUUGCUUUACCUUUUAUUUUUUCAUCUGACUUGUUUUAUUUUUUAAUCGCAACCAUUUUUUCGGGAACGAAGCUUGGAUUUUCCCUCAUAUUAUGCACUACGAUGGAUACCGGCGGUUCAGUGGUUAGCAUGCGAACUGAGGAGCAGCCCUUUCAUGUCCGCUACAGGAUGGAGGUAUCCUGCCUGGAGCUGGCGUUGGAGGGUGAGCGGCUCUGUAAGGUGGGUGACUACAGAGCGGGCGUCUCCUUUUUCGAAGCUGCAAUCCAGGUGGGCACAGAGGACCUGCAGGUGCUCAGUGCCAUCUACAGCCAGCUGGGUAAUGCCUACUUCCAUCUGCAUGACUUCGCCAAGGCUCUGGAGUUCCACCGACACGAUCUCACCUUGACAAGAACCAUUGGUGAUCUGCUUGGAGAAGCUAAAGCCAGUGGAAACCUCGGCAACACAUUGAAAGUGCUGGGUCGGUUUGACGAGGCUGUGGUUUGCUGUCAGAGGCAUUUGGACAUAGCGAGGGACAUAAAUGACAAGAUCGGGCAGGCGCGAGCGCUCUAUAAUUUUGGCAAUGUGUACCACGCCAAAGGCAAAAGUAUUUGUUGGAGUGGGGCUGAGCCUGGAGAUUUCCCAGAAGAAGUCAUGACGGCGUUGAAGAAAGCAGCUGAGUUCUACGAAGCAAACCUGACGAUAGUGAAGGAGCUCGGGGAUCGGGCUGCUCAGGGUCGAACUUAUGGUAACCUUGGCAACACACAAUACCUGCUGGGAAACUUUGGCAAAGCUGUGGCCUCUCAUGAACAGCGUCUGCUGAUAGCGAAGGAGUUUGGCGAUCGAUCAGCAGAACGACGGGCUUACUGUAACCUGGGAAACGCUUUCAUCUUUCUGGGGGAAUUUGAAGUGGCAGCUGAGCAUUACAAGAGGUCGCUGCAGCUGGCGAGGCAGCUGAAGGACCGAGCCGUGGAGGCGCAGGCCUGCUACAGUCUGGGGAACACCUACACACUACUGCAGGACUAUGAGAGAGCCAUAGACUAUCACCUGAAACACCUCAUCAUAGCUCAGGACCUCAACGACCGGAUUGGCGAGGGUCGAGCAUGCUGGAGUCUUGGAAAUGCCCACACUGCACUAGGGAACCACGAUCAAGCCAUGCACUUCGCUGAGAAGCAUCUUGAGAUCUGCAAAGAGACCGGAGACAGGAGUGGGGAGCUGACCGCUCGUAUGAAUGUCUCGGAUCUCCAGACAGUUUUGGGUCUGAGCUACAGCACAAACAACUCCACGCUGUCGGAAAAUAAGGAGAUAGACCACAACCUUCAUGGGGCAAAGCCCAGGAUGAGCAGACGACACAGCAUGGAGAACCUAGAGCUGGUGAAACUCACUCCGGACAAGAUGAAUGGUCAGAAGUGGAGCAGUGACAUCCUGACCAAGCAGUCCAAACCGUCCCUGACCAAGAGCUCCUCCAAGCUGUUCUUUGUCAGCCGCCUGCGGGGGAAGAAGUACAAGAUUGGAGGCUCCACUAAGGUCCUCCAGGACACCAGCAACACACUGGACACAAGUCAGACAUCCACACAGGUACCACAGAAACGACUCACUCCUGAAAUGCUUGGAGAUGAAGGAUUUUUUGACCUCCUGAGCCGUUUCCAGAGCAACCGCAUGGAUGACCAGCGCUGCUCAGUUCAGGACAGAGGCAGCAGGUUGUCGUUAAACAGCGGGCCGGAUUCGCCCCCCAGAACCAUCAGGAAAUCUGUUUCAGAGUCUGUGAACGUAGCAGGAUCGUCUGGCAGACGGCUGGAGGAAUCAGCGGCUGCCGGGGGAAGCCUGCCUGGUCUGAGACUAAAUCAGAGCAGCAACCAGGCCGUGUUGAACCACCUGAUGGCCAACGCUGACAACGCCGAGCCUGAUGAGGAUUUCUUUGAUAUGCUCGUCAAAUGCCAGGGUUCCCGCUUGGACGACCAGCGCUGCGCCCCUCCCCCGCCUCCGGUCCGAGGACCGACCGUCCCCGACGAGGAUUUCUUCAGCCUCAUCAUGCGCUCUCAGGCCAAACGAAUGGAUGAGCAACGCGUCACGUUGCCUUCCGCAGCCAGAUCCAGCUCGGACUAAACAAAGCACUAAAACGGGACAAAAAUAAAAUCUUUUUUUUUUUUAUCUCAUGAAGUUGUGAACUAUGACUAACUCAAAGUACAACUCUUUUGUGUCAUUACAUUUGUCCUUUUGGACAAAACAAAGCACUGUAAACAUUGUACAGAAUAAGGAAAAAAUCCCAACUUGUUUCGCACAACUUGCACACCAACAAUUUCAACAGUAGCUUUAGGGACUCCUUUUUUGUUGUUUAGAAUGGUUCUUUAUGAGUGAAUGAAUUUCAUCUUAGUGUAUUUUUCAAUGCACAACUGCAGCUACGUUUGUAUUUAUUGUACCUUUUUUACAUUUCUGUUUACUGCUGUCCCUGAAUAAUCUUCUGAAGAUCACAUUCGUGAAUGAGUUUGUUUGAAAAUAGAGGCGUGUAUAUGGGUAGUUUCCAAAUACUUUCAAAGAAAAAUUUUAAAAUCUCAUUUCAAAAAAACAAGAUGAAUCUUUGCUAUUUUGUAUGAAAUGUUUGAAUGAGUUCAGAAAUAAAAACAUUGCUGUAGAA